GAGAGAAAGAGGGGGAGCACAUGUGUAUGCUUGUCACUGAGGGGCUGGGAGGAGAAGGACUGAGGGGAGCUGGCCACCGCCGCCAUAUGCUGACUGGAUUCCUGUUCAUGCGUGCAGCGUGAAGGUCUGCGAAGCGGCCGGCCGGGGAUCACACCAUGGGAAGCUCACAUCUCCUCAAUAAAGGCAUGCCUCUAGGGAUCAGGCCCCCCAUCAUGAACGGGCCCAUGCACCCACGACCUUUGGUGGCACUACUAGAUGGGCGUGACUGCACGGUGGAGAUGCCCAUCCUGAAAGACGUAGCAACUGUGGCCUUCUGUGACGCUCAGUCCACUCAGGAGAUCCACGAGAAGGUCCUUAAUGAAGCUGUGGGAGCUCUGAUGUACCACACCAUCACUCUGAUGAAAGAAGACCUCGAGAAGUUCAAAGCUCUGCGGAUCAUCGUCCGCAUCGGCAGCGGCUACGACAACAUAGACAUCAAGUCUGCUGGAGAACUUGGCAUAGCAGUAUGCAACAUGCCAGCAGCUUCAGUGGAGGAGACCGCAGACUCCACUCUGUGUCACAUCCUCACCUUGUACCGCCGUACCACCUGGCUGCACCAGGCUCUGCGGGAGGGCACGCGCGUGCAGAGCGUGGAGCAGAUUCGAGAGGUGGCAUCGGGAGCGGCGAGGAUCCGAGGAGAGACCCUGGGACUCAUAGGACUUGGUCGGGUGGGCCAGGCUGUAGCGCUGCGAGCCAAAGUGUUUGGCUUUAAUGUGAUUUUUUAUGACCCUUAUUUGGCUGAUGGGGUAGAAAGAUCUCUGGGGCUACAGAGGGUCACCACCCUACAGGAUUUACUUUUCCACUCUGACUGUGUCUCUCUGCACUGCAGCCUCAAUGAGCACAACCACCAUCUGAUCAACGACUUUACCAUCAAGCAGAUGCGUCAGGGAGCCUUCCUGGUGAACACAGCCAGGGGGGGUCUGGUGGAUGAGAAGGCUCUGGCUCAGGCCCUGAAGGAGGGGAGGAUACGAGGAGCUGCUCUGGAUGUUCACGAGACAGAACCAUUCAGUUUCAGUCAGGGUCCACUGAAGGAUGCUCCCAACCUGAUCUGCACGCCACACGCCGCUUGGUACAGUGAGCAGGCGUCACUGGAGAUGCGAGAAGAGGCGGCCAGGGAGAUCCGAAGGGCUGUGACAGGUCGUAUCCCAGAUAGUCUAAAGAACUGUGUGAAUAAGGAGUUUCUGUCCCAGAACAACCACUGGGCAGGAGUGGACCCAGCCGCAGUCCAUCCUGAGCUCAAUGGGGCUUACAGGUAUCCACCAGGAGUGGUCAGUUUGCCAGCCGGUGGGCUCCCCCCUUCAGUUGAGGGCAUCGUGCCGAGCGCAGUGCCGAUCGCACACACCCUUCCGCCGGCCGUCACGCACCCUCCUCAUGCGCCGUCUCCAGGACAGAACAUAGUAAAGCCACCAGAGGGCGACAGAGAGCAGCAUCCAAACGACCAGCUGUAGCCUCCAUGUUGGCAGGAAGGGGCUGAUGCAGCGGCGGCUGUCACAGCAGCAGCUUCCCGGACGAGAAGCCGUCAUCAGACACUUUCAGAUCGGAUUCUCAACUGUUCUGCAAAUGCAGGAUGACUUGCUAACAACAUGCUGAGCCUUUUCCUGCCAGAGUCCAAACUACAAAAAAAACAAACAAAGAUAAACCCAAACCGGAUGGAAAACAAAACCCUGGAUUCGAUUCUGCUGUGUUAGACUGUAGUGUGUCCAACGUUAGCAGGGCAGGCUUCAUGUUUUUCUCUUUUCUCUUCAUUAGUUUAAGGAACAAGCAAAGCUAGUGUGUUCUGACAUGAAUGUAACCCGUCUGUGUACAGAUUUUAGACUUAAAGCCAGAUGUUUGUGCUCCAGUCCAAACUAAAAGGUGACCUGUGUAGCCAGACUGAAAACACCACAACAUCCUUUUACCCCGCCCUUUCUUCAAUUUUUAAAUGUGUGGUAAAGUUAGCAAGACCCCCCCCCCGCCCCGCCCACCUCCAAAUAAGCAUAAAAAGAAAAAAGAGGCAGCUUUUUGCACACCAUCUCAGGAAAUUAGGUUUCCACAGUUGGGUUUUUAUUAAUUUGCUUUUUAUUUUAUAAAUCUCUUCUUGCCAAUUAGUGCUUUUCUUGUUUUCUACCCGUUUGCCAUUAGAAUGCAACGUUUCGUAGGAGAUAAAGUUGGAUCUGAUGCUUGGUUUUGUUGGCGAUUUGCUCCUGGGACUUAAAUGUAAAUGUUUGACCCAAACGGAUGGAAAGUGAUUCUGUGCAGAGGUGGUAUAAAUGUGUGCUCGGCAGGGACGGCUUGACUCCUCGUUGUGUCAAAGUGAUGUGUUGAGAGUUUGCAGCAGCUUGAAACACGGUGCUGGAAAAGCGUUAGCAAAGAUCUUCCAUUCGUCUUCUUAGAGCCUUUUUAAAGCUGUAAAAGGUUAUUUAAAACAGUGUUCCCCAAUCCCCGGGCUGCAGACCAGUAUCAGUGUGUGGGACAAUUGGUAUGGACCACAGAGGAAAAAAAACACACAACCUGCAUUUUCUAUUAUUUAUAAUCAGAUUCUAAAUGAAGUUUUAUUUUGAAAAUCUACUGGAUUCUCUCCACCAUAUCCGACUCCAUCUUGAUGCAAAUCAAGUCGCUUGGUCACGUGUUGAAAAGUCAUCCACUAGUUUUUUUAAAGUGGCUUCUUCCACCGAUAAAUAAACCCCCGAGCUAACAAAGUUAACAAAAAACAAAUGUAUUUGCAACAUUUUUUUUGGAGAAAUGAUUCAUUAACAGAAUAAGAGCCCCUUGACUUCAAAAUAAAAGCAAUCUGGAUCUAACAGCCAAAAACCAGGAGUCUUUACUCCAAACAUGGAUUCUUGUGACAGUUGUUCCCACAAACCAUAAUAAUAAUGCAGAAUAUUCAGGAACCGGCUGUCUAAUCUUACGAGGAUGCUCAAAUGGUGGAUACAUGUUUAUUAUUUUAUUUAGAAAAUAACGGUUUGAUAAACCGUUUUAAAAAUAAAAAACGUUGCACCUUAAAGUUUGACAAGGCUGAAGUUGGCGUCUGAUAGUCUAACUUCCACUUUGACCGUUAUGGGUUAAUCAAUAUCACAUUUGAAUGCUUCCUACAGGAAAUCUAGAGAACAAAUAAAGUUUACAGCAGCUGCAGAUGUUUUACAGAGGAUGAAGACGAAGUUUACCCUCAAAAGUUAAGAAACAAAAAAAAACAAUCAGAUACCAACUUUAGCCUCGUAGACCCGUCCGUGAAAAUAUUAAAAUAUUAUCGGACAUUAAACUGGUCCACGGUCUGGAAAAGGUUGGAGACCACUGAUCUAAAAGAUCUCCAAGAGACCACCCAUGUUCCAGUAAAGGUUUUUUUCCCCAUUCCCUAAAAGCAUUCAAAGGCUUAAAAAGAAAGAGACAAGAAGUCCUACGGUCUUCCUGAAGCAUCACCUGUAUUUAUCCUGUCAGAAUGCUGAUUCCUGUAACAUUUCAGGCCACGUCCUUCCUGAGCGUCUCAUUUACCCCCCUCCUGUGGCCUCUGUGUCUAUGUGUACAUACAGUGUUCUGCCUGCCUGUGUCUAUGUGAGUUGGUUGUAUCUGUGUCUAAAAACGUCGCCUUUGGAGGAGGGAUGGCAGCCAGUACACUCCACGCAGCAAAACUACAAAGACCCAACAUUUGCAGCCAAAUACUUGGUCAAAUGGUUUUAACUUGACUUCUGGUCAAAAACAGAAGAAAAAAAAGAAGAAUAAAACCUGUAAGCUUUGUGGCGUUCUACCUGCAUUUUUGAAUAAAACCAAGAUAGAUUCAGUGGAAAAACCUCAUGUUUUACUUGACAGGUCAGCUGAGUGGCUGUACUUUCUGGAAAACCUUCUACCAGCGAAUAGUAGUUGAGGAGAGUUUCCUGUGGCUCACCUGGUUUUCUCUAAGGCGGGUUGUGGGCGUGGCAGUCAGGGAUGGACAUUUCUCUCAAACACCAGUGAGCAUUUGACAGGUGCAUCCAAAAACACUGGGUACUUGUCUGAAAAACUUUAUUUAUGCAUUUAUUAUUCUUCAGAUCUUCUGCUCGCUCCUGAUGUGAAACUUCCACUGACUUCUUUUCAAAUGUGGGUUUGAAUUGAAACGAGGGAAGAGCUGAAAGACGACGGCUCGAAAAUCCACCCCUGAUAGUAACACGCAGUCGACUCUUCACUUGGUCCUCCUUAUGGUUAAGUAGUAGGCGUAGCAAUAUACAGUAUACAUAUUCUAUAUUCUACAGUAAAUAUCAUUAUUUUUGGUCAAAAAAAUGACAACCUAAAGAAGAUAUGUUUGUGGCUGUAUGCGUUUGUAUGAAUUAUUUUAAAAAGAAAUAAACUGUGGAAAGGUGA